GCUAUUAGUCAGUCUCUUCUUAGUGUCCUCCUCUUAAGAACACAGAUGACGGACUUCAUGAAGCAAACAUAGGCUGCAUUGGGUCUUCCUUAUAUUUGUAUUGUCUCGCACACAGGAGAGGGGCUUCCUUGGACUAUUGUCACAUUUUCGCUUGUGACCCUCCCAGUCUGGUUUAACUUGUUCUGUAAAUAUUUUUUUUUUUGAUCUGCACCAGCAGAAGUCUUGUCACGCUGUGACUGGCGAUGAUACUGGGCUGAGUCAGAGGAGAUGCCUCGGCGCAGUUGCUGCUCAUCAUGCUCUGUUUGCUUAAGGUGCUUUUAUAGCUGCUCGUGUAAAAGAGUCAAGAGGGAAAUUCAAAGCACAUGUGGCUGUGUCUGGGUGCUCCUGAUUCUCGGUGGAUUCCUCUUUACCUUGAUAUGGCUGUAUGUCACCUUGAUCCUGAAAAAUGAUAUACACAACUUCAAUGAGGAAAUCUUCCGACUCGCAGGUUUAUGGCAAGACUGGUCUGUGGUCUUAAUUACGGUGGCUGCAGUGUUGGCCUCUUACUGCUUUGUGCUCCUCUUAAUCUCUAUGUGCCUGGUAGUGAGCUCUCAACCUCUCAAUCUGCACUGGCUUCAUAAGAUCCUCCUCAGCUUCUGUGUUGUUUUGGUGUCCCUUGGAAUUAUUGGCCUUAAUUUGAAGUGGAAAAUAGAGUGGAAAGUAGUUGCCAUCUCUUUGCAGGCAACGAGUCCCUUUCUGCACAUUGGAGCUGUGAUCGGUGUGUCUGUACUCGCCUGGGUGCUUGCUGGUUAUUUUUGGGAAACAAAGAGUAAAGUGUUGAAAUGUCUACUUCCUUUGGUAUACAUCAUUCUGGUUUGUGCUCUGUUUGUGAGUCCUCUCUUCAUUUCCUCACCCUGUAUCAUGAAGGCAUCAGAACUUCCUCCCAAACCAAGGAUCAUGGGUCAUCGUGGGGCACCAAUGCUUGCUCCAGAAAAUACAAUGAUGUCAUUUGACAGGAUGGUGAAUUCUGGAGGAAAGGUGUUUGAAACUGAUGUCAUGGUGAGUUUGGAUGGAAUCCCCUUCCUAAUGCAUGAUGAAACUCUGCUGAGGACAACCAACGUGAGAGAAGUUUUUCCAUUCCGUUCAAGUCAAAACAGCUCGAAUUUUACCUUUUCUGAACUCCAGAGGCUGAAUGCUGGUGAAUGGUUUCUGCAGAAAAACCCUUUUGGAACAGAUGGAUCAGUGACACCAGCUGAACGUGAAGAGGUUAAGCAGCAGAAAAUUCCUUCUCUUGAGGAUGUUUUGAUUGCAUGCAAGAACCUCAACAUCUCUAUAAUAUUUGACUUGCGUCAGCCACCUUCAGGACACCCAUAUAACGAGAGCUUUGUGAAUGUAACUCUUAAUACAAUUCUGAACGUUUCUAUACGCCAGGAUCUGAUAAUCUGGCUCCCGGAUGAUGAGCGGGAGCAGGUUAUAAAGACAGCUCCAGGUUUCAAACAGAUUUAUGGUAGAAAGAGGGAAAAAAAUGACACCGACACCUUUGAUGCUGUGAAUCUAUCUUAUACAAAUAUAAGUGUGAGCGAAAUCAGGUCGUAUCGUCAGGAUAAUAUUUCAGUGAAUUUAUUUGUGGUUAACAAACCGUGGUUGUUCUCCCAUGUAUGGUGUGCUGGAGCCACGUCUGUCACCUCUAACUCAUUCCAUCUUCUUAAAGAUCUCAAGCAACCAAUAUGGCUGCUGGACCCUGACAAUUAUUUAAUCAUCUGGAUAAUAGCGGAUGUUGUAGCUCUUAUUCACAUAAUAUGGGCUUUUUUUAUGCAGAGAGCGUGUUUUAGAAAAAGAGAAGACGAAGAAUCUGAAGCUGUAUUACUGAUGAAGAUUGAAAAUUUGGUUGCUUAAUGACAAUGGAUGCCUCUUUCAUAUCCGCUACAAUUCACUGUGACUUCCACAUCAUCUGACUGAUGGCUGGAGCAUGAGGAGGCUAAACUGAACUGAUUCCAGAUAUCUGCGCUGUCUAAUCUGUAGACAAACCCUAACUACUGAGUCAUGGGAGGUGCUGCUCCAUACAGAACUGUUCCUGACAUGUUGGCCUGUUUGGGUCGCUGGAUCUUAGUUUGUUUAUUUGAAUGAGAAAUCUGGCAGUGUGCUGUAUGGCAUUUGUCUUCCUUAUGUCUUUCUGAUAUUGUGCUGUGCACAUAACUCUUUGGUGUUAGUGAUGAAGUCUGUGGCAUAGGCACA